UAUUUUGAGUAAUAAAAUUUGAUUAUAAUUUUGACUUAAGUAAAAAACGAAAAAUCAUUGUUUUUUUAUACAUUUAUUAUUUUUUGUUUUGUUAUUUAAUAUUUUUUUUUUUUGGUUAAUUAAAUGUUAUAACAAUAGAAGAAAACAAAAAAAAAAUCUAUAUUAAAAGCAGAGGAAGCACUUAGAAACAGUGAAAUCUUUUUUUUUUAUUUUUCGGGAAACAUUUUUUUUCAUUUCUAGUAAAUAAACAAAAUUUAAAAAUCGAAAAGAAAAAAAUUAUGUAUAAGUAAACCAAAUUAAAAAAAAGAAAGAGAAACAGCCAUAAUUAUAAAUUUUGUGUUCUUGUUUUAUUAUAAAUAUUCAAAUGUAUUCAUAAGCAUAUAAACAUAUACAUACUCGUAUAAUGUAAUAUAUACCUAAUUAAAAUUUGGUAUCUAUACAUUUGGUAUAAUUAUAAAAGUACCUCUCCAAUACCUACCUACAAUAUAUUAAUUAAUAUACUUAUAAUAAAUUAGUUUAGAAAAAAAAAAAUAAAAAUUAUUUUUCAAUAAUGAAACAACAACAAGUCAAAUAAAUAUUCAAUUAUAUAAAAUAAUAGAACGUUUAAAAUAACGGUACAGUAAAGAUCAUAAUUUAAAAUUGAAAAGAAGGAUAAGAAAAAUAACAUAAAAAAAAAACAAAUUUUCACAAUUUUAUAAAAAGAAAAGAACAAAAAUUAAUUUCAUAUUUUAUAAUAAGUGCAUAAAUAAAUUUUAUUUUAGUGCUUUUUUUUUUUAUUUACAAUAUAACUAUAAAAUAUACAAAUUUAAUUAAAAAAAUUAAAAAAAAAAAAAAAAAUUAAAAACAAAAUGCCUGAAUCCGAUUUUGAUAUGAUUACAAAAGAUAAUUUACAAAUGGAAUUACGUUCGGGUUGUAAAAAUUUAAUAAUAUUAGAUUGUCGUAGCUCAAAUGAAUAUAUGGAAUGUCAUAUUAGAUCUGCUGUUAAUUUUUCAAUACCAACAAUAAUGUUAAGACGUUUAUCAGCUGGUAAAAUUGAUUUAUUAUCAACAAUUAAAUCAAAAGAAUUAAAAGAACGUUUUGAAUUAAAUUAUAAAUUAGCAUUAUUUGUAUUAUAUAAUGAUAAUUGUUAUAAAAUUAAUAAUAAUAAAAAUAAUAUAAUACAUCAACAACAACAACAAAAUAAUAACAGCAGUAUUAAUAAUAUUAGUAAUAAUAGUUGUAGUAAUAAUGAUACAUCAUUAUCAUCAUCAUCAUCAUUAUUAUUAGAUAGUCAAAAUAUAUUAGGUAUAACAACAGAUACAUUAUUAUUACCAUCAUCUACAUCAUCAUCAUCAUCAUCAACAUUAAGAAAUCAAAUCGAAGAAAAUAUUACUGAUAAUAAUGAUAGUAAUGAUCAAAAUAGUUGCAUUAAUAAUAGUAUUGGUGAUAAUAAUAUUAUUGGAGGACAACAACAAAAUAUAAUAUUAUCAUCAUCGUCAUCAUCAUCAGUAAUAGGAUCAGGAGUUGGAGGAGGAGGAGGAGGAGGAGGAAUUACAUCAACAACAACACAAAGUACAAUUAAUGUUUUACAUAAAAGAUUAAAACAAGAUGGUUGUAAAGUUGUCUGUCUUGAAGACGGUUUUACAAAUUUUCGGAAUGCAUUUCCAGAAUGGUGUGAAGAUGAUGGCUUUCAAAUUCAGGAUAGAAAUGAAUCUAGUCUUACUCCGUGUAUCAUUGGUGCAAUUGAUGGUCAAGCACAAACUGAACAACUAAUGGGAUUAAGAUCUCUUCGUAUUUCUACCCCACAUUCCGAUUCAGCAUGUAGUAGUUCAGCUGAAUCAUCUGAUUGUGAAAGUACAACGUAUCCGAAUUUCAAUGACGAACCAGUUGAAAUUGUUUCAGGACUAUUUCUUGGGAAUGCUUCGCAUAGUAGUGAUUCGGAUGCAUUAAAAAAAUAUAAUAUUAAGUAUGUUCUAAACGUUACCCCAGAUCUUCCAAAUGUUUUUGAAGCUUCCGGUGGAAUUAAAUAUUUACAAAUUCCAAUAACUGAUCAUUAUUCACAAGAUUUAGCUGUACAUUUCCCCGUUGCCAUACAAUUUAUAGAUGAAGCACAAGCAAAAGAUUCUGCGGUGCUAGUUCACUGUCUUGCAGGUGUAUCACGUUCUGUAACAAUAACGUUAGCAUAUUUAAUGAGUACAAGAAAUUUAACUUUAAAUCAAGCAUUUAAUUUAGUUCGGGAUCGUAAACCAGAUGUAUCACCGAAUUUUCAUUUUAUGGAGCAAUUACAUUCAUUUGAAAGGCAAUUACAAUUACGUAGUGAUAUUGAAAAUAAUGAAAAUACAAGUGAAUCAAUUCAUCAUCAUUAUCAUCAUCAUCAUCGCCAUCAUAUAAUACCAUCAACAUCAAGGGAUACUGGUAUUAUGUUAACCGAAGAAGAAGAAGAAGACUGUCGCACUACAUUUGGUGGAAAUAACGAAAAAAUUUCCAAAAAUUAUUUAUGCACAUGUAUAACAACAACAUCAGCAUCAUCAUCAUCAUCACCUUCGUCAUCAUCACAUUUAUCAUCGUCUACAAUUAAUAAUUGUAAAUGUAAUUUGAAUACAACGGCAACUACAAAUUUUUUAGCAAGUACUAAUGUUAUGGCAUCAAAAUUAAAAGCAACCGGUGUUUCACCCGAUUCCGGUAUUGAAUUUGAUCGAUGGGCCCCAUCAUCGGAUGGUGGCUUAAAAUGAGAUCAACUUGUAGGAAAAAGCUUUAUUUUACCGCCCAUCUGUGAUUUAACAGAUGAAGAACCAAAAAUUGAACAGAAACAAUUAACAAAACAAAAGCAGUAAAAUAAAAGAUUUUUUCCUACAUGUUCAGAAAAUAACUAUAUAUAUAAAAAAAAACCUAUAUUAAAUUAAAAAAAGGACAUAAUAUAUAUAUAUAUAUAUAUUUUAAAUCAGUAAAGAGAAAAAUAUAUGUAUGGAUAUGUAUGUAUGAAUGUAUAAUUUCAUGCAUAUACUUAUAAGAAUAAAAAAAUUUAUAUAGGAUGAAGAAUGAAAAAUACAAAAAAAAAAACAAACUGUGGCAAUUUUUUUUAAAUAAAUAAUGUAUUUGCAAAUUAGGAUUAUAUAUUUUUAAAUGGCAAUUUAUAUAAAGAUUUAAAAAGAAAAAUCUAUUCAGUUUUUUUAUUAAAUAAUAAAAUUCCAGUCACUAAUAUUUGUAUAUACAUCCCCAUAUAUAGGAAAAAUCUUUUUAAACAGAGUGAAGUUCAAUUAAUUACUAUAUAUACUUAGGUAAUGGUUGCAAAUGUGUGAUACAUUCAUAACAUAAUUGCUAAAAUUUUAUUUUUUGUUUUAAAAAGAUUAAUUGGUAGAUAUAAUAAGACUCAUAUGGCCAAACUUUUAGAAAUAUAAAAUCUAAAAGUUCUAACUUAAACUUGAAAUCUUUUUUUCAAUUAUAUAUUUAAUAUUUUUAUUUAAAAAUUCAAAUACUAAUGAAAAGUACUUCUUCCAAAUGACUAGAAUAAAUGUUGAAAAAUUUAUUUUCUUUAUAUUCUUUUGGAAACAAUAAAUUUCGAUCUUGUUAACAGUAUGAAAUAAAAAAAUUCUGAAGAAACAAAUUGUUUAUUGUAUCAUACAUUUGUAAGGUUAUUUUUUAAUCAAAUGUAGUAAAUUUAAAAUUACAAGAUCGCCACAUUUAUAAUUGUACACUACACAAAAAUUUUAAUUAUAAAGAACUGAUUUAUCUUGAGCCGGGUUUUAAGCUGAAUUUUAAUUAACGAAAAAUGUUCUUUUUUUGGAAAAAAAAAAUAAUGUUAUUUAUGUUUAUUAUAAUAUAAAAAAAAUAGUUAAAUAAAAUCAUAUUUUAAAUGAGGUUAAGAACCGAAGCCAUUUUUUUUAGUCUCUUAAAAAUAAAUUUAAAACAAAAUAUUUCAAAUAAAUUUAAUAUAAGAAUAUAAGUAAAUGAUAUUG